AUUUGUGUUUUUUUGUUGUUGUUGUUUUGUAAUAACGACACUAAAAGGCUGUAAUUCCAUCAACCUGCUGUGGUUUGUCGUUAGCCACGCGAUGCUAACGCUGGUCAGUCACCCCCCCCGGUUGUUCGUAGUUUUAGCGCGACAACCUCGCUAAUCGGACCCGCUGUAAAUUAGCCUUUAUCCUGCUUACAACUUUUACCGUGACAUUUAAAGUUAGCACCGAGCGGCUGUUAGCGAGCUAAGUAGCGUUAGCCCGGGCUACACAAACACAGGCUCGGCUACUACUUUUGGCGACUCGUUAGCAUGAAGGUGCCUGAGAUUGAUGAGUUGUGUGGAUCGAUGUUGUUGUUGGUCGAUAACCAAAGUGGCGCUAACCAGUGGACUGGCCGGGUCGAUGGGGGUGGGGGGUUAGCCCGAGUUGCCAUGGGGAUUGCGUGAACCAGGUUCGGCUCUGGAUGGAGUUGCGAAGCUAGUUUGAAGUUUAGCAAAGCGACAACUUCACCAGUCACCACAGGUUGACUCUUAGCUCGUAGCUACGCGUCCUGACAGCAGUAACUGUGUGUCAUGGCAACCGGAGGUGCUCCUUUCGAUGACAGUUCAGAAGAGCUACACAACUGGACGGUAACCAAUGGCAGUCUGGAAGAUAGACUCAACAACAUGGACUGGGGUGUGCAGCAGAAGAAAGCCAACCGCUCAUCAGAGAAGAACAAGAAGAAGCUGUCAGCUGCAGUGGUGGAGAGCCGCCUGACUAAUGAUAUUUCACCCGAGUCCACCCCCGGGGCCGGUCGCAGGAGAGCACGCACUCCUCAUUCUUUCCCACACAUCAAAUACACCACCCAGAUGUCUGUGCCAGACCAAGCUGAGCUAGACAAGCUGCGUCAGAGGAUCAAUUUCACAGACCUGGAUGAGAGGAGCAUCGGCAGUGACUCCCAGGGGCGUGUCACUGCUGCCAACAACCAGCGGCAGUUAGCUGGAGAGAACAAGAAGCCCUACAACUUCCUACCUCUGCAUGUAAACACUAACAAGAGCAAGACGCUGCUGCCUCCCUCCUCCUCUGCCCCAGCCACUCCAGCCAUCACCAAGGAAACCAAGAAGCAGAGCCCAGCACUCAGGGAUACGUUAACCCCUGUGAUUCCUACCAAGGAAACUCCAAGGCUCAGCCUUGGUGGUGCAGAGAGAGGGCCCUUGGUGCACAGAGCAUAUGGGAGAGAGGAGCCACAAGUAGACAGCAGCCAGGUGGUGAGCAAACUGAUCCAGAUCCGGGAGUACAUCAGCAAGGCCAGCUCCAUGCGGGAUGACCUGGUGGAGAAGAAUGAUGUGCCGGCCAACGUGGAGCGUCUCUCUCACCUCAUCAACCACCUCAAGGAGCAGGAGAAGUCUUAUUUACGGUUCCUGCAGAAAAUGCUGGCACGGGAGAAUGAAGAGGACGAUGUAGGGACCCUGGAUUCUGCAGUGGGCUCAGGUUCACUGGCAGAGAGCACUUCUCUUAACAUUGAGGUCCGCUCUUCUGAUGCCUCAAAUGCUAUGAGCGGUAGGCCAGAAGUUGUCCGUGCUGACCAGAAGGAGGAGUUGGAGAAUCUGCGUAAGCAACACGAGCUGCUAAAGAAGAUGCUGGAGCAGCAGGAGCAGCUCAGGGCCCUGCAGGGCCGCCAGGAAGCUCUGAUGGCCAUGCAGCACAGCGCAGAACAGGCACUGGCUGUGAUUGAAGACACUGUUGUCACAGAAACCACAGGCAGUGUAUCCGGCCUGAGCAUCACAUCAGAACUGAAUGAUGAGUUAAAUGAUUUGAUCCAGCGGUUCCACAACCAACUACAUGACUCUCAGACUAAAGCUGUGCCAGACAACCGUCGCCAGGCGCAGAGUCUUUCCCUCUCCAGAGAGCUGCGCUGGUCCAGGGCUCUCCAGGCCGUUGGCCCACCUCAACACAGGCCACUGCUCCACUCAGCCUCCGGCCCACACACUGGAUUAGACACUGGAGCAACAGCUGCCAGCGUCAAACUCACCAAGCUCCAAGAACUCCAUGACAAAAAGCAAACCAUGGACAAGAUCCUGCAGGAGCUGCAUUCACUGAGAGACCAAACUCUCAACAAUAACUCAUGUCGUGGCCUGUCGGCACAGUUCAGCCUGAGUGUGGGAGGAUCUUCAGAUGGAGCAGCUGCUCUGUGCACUAAUGGGGCCUCAGCCUCCACUUCAUUUCAUCCUUCACUCACACAACACCAGGACAGCGCCAACUCCACAGACAAGCUCAGGAAGCUGAAGGAGGUCCACAAGCGUUUGAAUGAGCUCCGGGAGUUAGUUCAGUACUAUGAGCAGACUUCUGAUAUGAUGGUGGAUGCGGUCAAUGAAAAUGUGAAAGAGGAUGAAGAAGAUGAGGAAGAUGAAACAGAGGAUGGUUCUAUAUUUGAAGCCAUGUUUGACUCUGAGCAGGAGAACCGCCAGCCUGUGACUAAUAUCAGAAACCCACAGCGCAGAGGGAACUGGACAGACCUGAACAGCCUGACCAACGGGCGCAGUGUCAGGAGCAGUGGUACUAACAACCGGGACGGCAGACUCAACACUGAGUGUGAGAUCAACAACCGCUCAGCAGCCAACCUCCGCAGCUUCAAACUUCCCUCAGCCAUAGAGUGCCAGUACAACAGGGACACUCCCUAUAAUCAGGUGAAGCACGAGGAUGAAGAUGAGGAAUGUCUCGAUCAAGACACGGGUGCACAGGCUGUGGCUCCUGACAGCGAAGCAUCGGGGUCCAGUCGGAGGAGCAGCCUGGGGAACGAUGGAGGAUUUUCCCAGAAGGUCCAUCGUCAGACAGCAAAGCAGAAACUACGGCAGCUGCAGGAACUGGUUGCCAUGGUUCAGAGUGAUGACACAGAUGCUACAACAGCUAACGAGGAUGAAGCUUUACACCAACAGCCAAAUAACACCAGAGCUACUGCAGCGAGGCCACUCGGAUCUGGAUCUAAACAGAAUUCCAGAGACCUGACUCUCUCCAGCAAGGCCAGGGAGAAGUUGUAUGAGGAGAAGCUGCUUCAGCAGAAACAUGAGUUGAAGCAGCUCCACGAGGAGCGUCAGAGGCUCACUGAAAUUCAAGGCAAAAUCCACGACCUCCAGUGGGCUUGUCCCGACCUCCAGUCAUCUGUGUCCAGCACGGUGAGUCAGCAGGGUUUGCUGAAAAAGGUCCCAGUUGCAGUUUCCUCUCCGGCCACUAUUCAGACUUCAUCAUCCGGACUUAAGACCAACUCUGGUGUCCUCAAACCCACUGCUCCAGAAGCAGCUACGUCUUCAGUCACUGACAAUGAGCAGCUUUGGUCAGAGAUGCGUCGCCACCAAAUCCUGCGGGAAGAACUGCGCCAACGCAGAAAGCACUUAGAGUCCUUGAUGGCUGAACACCAGAGGCGUCGUGGUGUCGGUGAUUCUCCUCACCGGACUGACGACCAGGACAGCCUCGCUACGCCCUCGCAAACUAUCAGCAGGGAUGAAAGGACAAUGGCUACCUGGGGUUCCUCUCCUUGCCACCUCGAUGGUGAUGAUGACGACGAUGACGACGACGAUGAUGAUGAUGAAUAUCACACGGAGAUAGGUGCAGAGGAGGAAGAGGAGCAGGAAGAAUGUGCAGAGAGCACCUCUGAUGACGACAUCCACAUCUUCCUUUCGAGCAGGAACCAGUGCUCUUACAGUAACAGGAAUAAUCAAGGAAGUAACCUAAAGCCUCCACCAGCUUUCUCAGGUGAGUGUGGUGGCAAUCUUCAUAACAAGACGAAGGUCAAGCAGCAGCAGCAGCAGCAGCCGUCGAGGAGUUUGAACCAGUCUGCAAACCAACAUGGAGGUACACGGAGGCAAGAAAACCUCCGCUGGGCUUCAGAGCUUUCCUUUACUGAGGGCUCGUGUCCCUGGCAGGAUCAGAUCAGCCAGCUGCAGAGACAGCUGGAUUUCAGCACCAGCAUGUGUCAGACGCUCCUGCAGGACCAGCAGACCCUGUCCUACAUGCUGCAAACCCUGCUGACGAGUCAGUACAGCAUGUUACCAAACAACCUUCCAUCGCCGCAGGUCCAGCUGGUCAUGCAGCAGCUCAACCAGUGUUACACACAGCUGGCUUGGCAGCAAAACAACAUACAAAGACUAAAGCAGGUCCUGAACGACCUCCUUCGCCAGCAGCAGCAGCAGCAGCAGCUGCAGCAGCCUUCCUCUUCAGCAGCAGGUUGGCAGACCCAGAAGCAGAGUUCAUCCCAGGAAUCCAGCUCUGGUCCCUCGGCCUCUCCUGGCAUCUUCCCCUUCUCCUCUACCCUGCAUCCUAAUACCAACAACAUGUCAACUGCUGCCUUAUCCCCGUUCCCUCUCAGCUUUAACUUGUAUCCACUGUUUCCUGCUCCCAUGGGUGAGUUCCCUCAGGAUGCAGCAGGUCAUGCUGCAUCCAACCACCAGAAGCAGCAAUUAGACCCCAACACUUCAAUCAAAACAGAGUACAUGAGUUUCCCUCCCCCGCUGCAGCGCUCUCCUCUUAACAAGACGCCAGAACGAGGAGCUUCUGGCUGGCUCAACACCUCCUACGCAAACAACACCGUCCAGCCUCACCCAUCUAAAAAUCACCCACAAGAGUCCCCCCCCUCCUCUCCCACUUUUGUGAACCGCCCCUCCAGACCUCAAGACUUUGACCAGGCAUCACUGGAGAGCUUCUCCAGCAUGCCCGAUCCUGUUGACCCCACCACUAUAACCAAGACUUUCAAGGCCGGGCGUAAGGCCUCCGCACAAGCCAACCUGGCCUCCCGAAGCAAGACUCCCAACUCCAAGGGUCGUCGCAGGUGGAACAAAGGGCACAACAAGAACAGUGAAGACCGUGACAGUGACAGCAGCACUGUGGACUUUGUCCAGGAGAGGGCCGCCCCGACCCGUCAGAAGAAUCAGAAUCAGAGUCUGCUCGACAAACUGACUCAAGAGAAACUGAACAGCAAGACUAAGCCUGGGAACAAAAGAAAUGACCUCUCCUCUGCCUAUGCUUGGAGGACACCCUUCCUCUCUAACAGAAUUGCAUGCACAGAAGCACCAGAUGCGAGCAGUGACUUCUCUCUGUUCGAGGCUCUGAGGGAAACCAUUUACUCCGAGGUGGCGACCUUGAUAUCCCAGAAUGAGUCCCGGCCUCACUUUCUCAUCGAGCUCUUUCAUGAGCUGCAGCUGCUCAACACCGACUACUUACGGCAGAGGGCGCUCUAUUCCCUCCAGGAUAUAGUGACUCGGCACCUGGCAGAGAAGAGUGCAGCUGAAGACCAGCUGCCCCCUCUCGGUCCUGUGGUGUGGGCCGCAGGCUCUCACUCUGAGCUGACGCCCAGUGAGAGUCUGGCUACCAGUGAUGCAGAGGUGGUGGAGAAGAAUGUGAACACACAGAACAGAAUGAAGAAGCGGGAGGAGGCAGAGUCGGUGGACAACGACAGCACCAUGUCGACCUCCUCCAACCUGGAACCAUUCGCUAAUGACGACCUGGGCAACACAGUGAUUCAUUUAGACAAAGCUCUGGCCAGGAUUAGGGAGUAUGAGCGCAUGAAGCUAAAAGCUGAAUUUAACCCCUGCAAUGCCGGCGCUGCAGGUGCAGGUGGCUCUGACGUCUCACACGCUGAACAUCCUUCUGUUAACCCUGCGCAACCCCUGGAAGGAGCAGAAGCUGGUGACUUGCGCUGUCCUCAGAUCGACACGCAGCAGUUGGAUCGUCAGAUCAAAGCCAUCAUGACAGAAGUCAUUCCCUUCCUAAAGGAGAACAUGGACGAGGUGUGUUCCCUGCAGCUGUUGACAUCUGUGCGGCGCAUGGUCCUUACUCUCACGCAGCAAAACGACGAAAGCAAGGAGUUUGUUCGCUUUUUCCACAGACAGCUGGGAGGAAUCCUGCAGGACUCUCUCAGUAAGUUUGUCGGUCGCACUCUGAAGGACUGCGGAGAGGACCUCCUGGUGGAGAUCUCAGAGAUCCUCUUCAACGAACUGGCUUUCUUCAGGCUCAUGCAGGAUCUGGACAACAGCAGCAACGUCGCUUCAACAGCCAAACAAAAAAAUAAGAGGACGGAGCAACCGAGUAAAGAAAAGCAGCGUCUCAAGGGAAAUACAUCAGCUGGUGGUGAUAAAUCAGUUUCUCCAGUCUACUCAGAUGAAGACAAGGACCAGGAUGAAGCCGAGCAGGGAAGUGAUUCUACACGACAGGAGAUUUACCUGCAGACAGAGAUGAAGAACAACAACAGGAGCAGUGAAGCCUCUGAGGUUGAAGAGGAAGAGGAAGGAGCUGGACACGGAAUCCCUCUGUCAAUCAGUCUUUCCAAAGCAGAGACUCAGGCUCUGACAAACUACGGCAGUGGCGAGGACGAGAACGAGGAGGAGGAAAUGGAGGAGUUCGAGGCCGGACCUGUUGAUGUUCAAACCUCGCUGCAGGUGUCAGCUGAUGGACAAGUGGAGCAGGAGGGGACAACAGCCGGUGAAUCCCAGGAGACCAAACCUGAACGGUGGAGUUCGGAGAACGAUGACGAAGUUAAUGAGGCAGUUGAGACUAUGAAUUGCACAGUGGAUGAAUGUAGCACAGCGGAGUGCCAGAGUCCUGAGGAGGACGAGGAGGAGGGUAAAGUGGAGGCAGCUGCUGCCUCAGAAGAAAACACCUUAGUCUCCAAUGGUCAGGAUGUCCCCAACAAGUCGUCCACUACGAGCAGCCCUGACUCUGACUCACCCGUCAUGAUCAACGUAGACGAGGUGGGGUCAGGAAACACAAGUCAGAAGUCAGACGAGGAAGAUUUUGUGAAGCUGGAUGAUUUACCACUGCAGCUAUCAGUGAUGUGUGAGGAGGAGCUUCAGAAGAGGAUCGUGGAGGAGCAGCAGAACAACAACCUGUCUGUGGAGAUCCUCGGCGGGAACACUGAAUCGCUGACGGUGCUGGUGGGGAACGCACAGGCGCUGAAGGAACCAGACACCGUCGAUGCCGAGAGUGUGUGAGGCAGCAGGGCGAUGUCUCAACGUUCAAAUUCUACUGUUUUUAGCAACACUAUGAUUUUCACUAUUAAUCUGUUCUGGUUUUAUGAUUGUUUAAUCUGCUAGUUUAAAAAAAGAGAAACAGCUCAAAAUAUUGGUCACAAGUUAGCACACACACACACACACACACACACACACACACACACACACUCUAAAUAAAACUAAACAUAAACACUUAGUUCAUUUUACUGCUGGUUGCUUUAUGUGAUUUACUGUUACUGGGGGGGGGGUUUGAUUCUGAGCUGCUUAUUUCUGACAGUUAAGUCUCCGUUUGAUCUGAAGUCUCCUCUGUUCUGGGAUCAGUUUGACAUGUGUUGCAGUUUCUGUUUUUUUAAAUGUUUUAUCUGUCUCGCCUUACUCUUGUACAGUUUUGUCAUUCCUGCACUUGAUUUGUAAUUAUAAGGAGAUUACAGUGUGAUGGGAGUGCAGAUGCAGAUGCAGCCUGGCUUGUCUCUCCAGCUUCAACACUUUUUCCUUUAUGAGCUCAGACUUUACUUUUAUCCCUGUUUUGUUCUCUCAAUCGUUAGACUCCAGUGAUUUUCUCCUGUUAUUGAUUUGUUGACUCCUGUCAUAAGUUUUAAGUAAUAAAAUACUGGAAC